CGCCUCAGCCUUGGCCUCACAGCUCCUCCUCGGUGGCUCAGGCGCUCGGCAAUAAAAACUCAUGCUCUCCCCCCUCCGCCUCUCUCUCCUCGCACCGCCGCCACGGAGGUUCACCCAUGGCAGCAGGAUUCUACAUCAGCAGGGCGCUGGCCCUCACCCUCGCCCUGGUCUCAGUGGGGGCUCUUGCCUCCAUCAUCGCUCUGUCGGUCCUCUACGCCAAGGAGAAGACCAAGGACCUUGAGCCGUCGCCAACCUCCCCCGCCGCCACCACCACCGCAGACUCCUCCUUCCCCAGCCCCAGCCCAAGCUCCAGCCCUGGCCCUCCGGUUCCCUGGCAGCAGUACAGGCUCCCGGACACCCUGGCCCCCGUGCACUACGACAUCACCCUGUGGCCCCGGCUGGAGCCAGACGGGCGGGGCCUCUUCAUCUUCACGGGGAACUCCACCGUGCGGUUCGUCUGCUUGAAGGACACCGACCUCAUCCUCAUCCACUCCAACCGGCUCAACUUCACCCUCUUCCAGGGACACGAGGCCCAGCUCAUGGCUCUGGGGGCCACCGCGCCGGCCAUCAAGACCACCUGGAUGGAGUUGACGACGAAUUACCUGGUGGUUCAGCUGGAGGGGAGGCUAGAGGCGGGGCGGUCUUACCUGCUGCAUACAGAGUUUGUGGGUGAGCUGGCCGACGACCUGGCCGGGUUCUACAGGAGCAAGUACAAGGAGAACGGAGUGGAGAAAAUCCUGGCCACCACACAAAUGCAGCCCACUGACGCCCGGAAGGCGUUCCCCUGCUUCGACGAGCCCGCCAUGAAGGCCGUCUUCGACCUGAAAAUGAUUCACCCGCUGGAGACCGUGGCUCUGUCCAACUCCAUCAACUACGACCCCAUCAACGUCACCAUCGAGGGAAGAAAUUUAACGAUGACGCGCUUCCAUUCAACGGAGAUUAUGUCCACCUACCUGCUGGCGUUUGUCGUCUGUGAAUUAGGUUUCAUCAGCUCAGCACCGGGAGCACCAGUCCUGAUCAGAAUCUGGGCUCGCAAGCAGGCCAUACUGGAAGGCCAAGGAGAUUACGCCUUGGAAAAAACGGGACCGAUCCUGAGCUACUUCCAGAACUACUACAACCAAACAUACCCCCUCACAAAAUCAGACCAGAUUGCGCUGCCGGACUUCUCCGCUGGCGCCAUGGAGAACUGGGGCCUGAUCACAUACCGGGAGACGGCCCUGCUGUACAACCCCGCCUUCUCCUCCAUCGCGGACAAGGAGUAUGUCGCCACGGUUAUCUCCCAUGAGCUUGCUCACAUGUGGUUUGGGAACCUGGUGACGAUGAGAUGGUGGAACAACCUGUGGCUGAACGAGGGCUUUGCAACAUACGUCUCCUACCUGGGGGCCGACUCCGCGGAACCCACGUGGAAAUUAAAGGACCUGAUGGUGGUGUUCGAAAUCCACGGGGUGAUGGAGGUGGAUGAUGUCCCCACCUCCCACCCCCUCUCCUGUGAGGAGGGGGAGGUCCAGAAGCCCCACCAGAUCAGUCAUCUGUUUGACACCAUCACCUACAGCAAGGGAGCUGCGGUCCUUAGGAUGCUGUCGGACAGCAUCACAGAAGAGGUCUUCACCCAGGGUCUGAGAACUUACCUCGAGGAGUACAAGUACAACAGUACCGUCUACACAGACCUCUGGAAACACCUGCAAGUGGCAGUAGACGAGGCCUCCCCUGGCCUGGGGCUGCCCACGUCCGUCGAGGACAUCAUGAACCGAUGGGUCCUGCAGAUGGGCUACCCGGUGGUUACCGUGGAUACCAGGACCGGGCGCCUCAGCCAGAAGCACUUCCUGAUCGACCCCGAGGCUGAGAUGGACAGGCCCUCCCCCUUCAACUAUGAAUGGAUUGUUCCUAUUUCCUGGAUGAAGACAGGAGUUAAGCAGAGUCCUCUGUGGCUAACCACUAAAGAAGCCACCAACUCUAACAUGACCAUCGGCGGAGCGGACUGGCUGCUGGUCAACCUGAGGACGAGCGGCUUCUACAGGGUCAACUACGACCAGGAGAACUGGGAGCGACUCUUCGCCCAGCUGGACACCAACCACCAGGAAAUCCCUGAGAUCAACCGAGCUCAGCUCAUCUCGGAUGCCUUCAAUCUUGCCAGGUCCAAGCUGGUGAACUUCACGCUGGCUCUGAGAACCACCAAGUACCUGGUGAGGGAGACAGAGUACACGCCCUGGUUGACCGCCAGCAACAACCUCAACUACUACUUCCUCAUGUUCGACCGCAGCCCCCUGUAUGGCACCAUGCAGGCGUACAUGGUGAAACAGGUGGAACCUCUGUUCAACCACUUCAAAGAUAUCACCGCAAACUGGACUAAAAUCCCAGACAAGCACACCGACCAGUACAACCAGGUGGUAGCCAUCCAGCUGGCAUGUAAGAAUGGUCUGAAAGCCUGUGAAGACCUCACCUAUAACUUGUUCAAUGCCUGGAUGAAAAACCCUUCUAACAAUCCGAUCAGCCCCAACCUGCGCUCCACAGUGUACUGCAACGGCCUCGCAGCGGGCGGGCAGCGGGAGUGGGACUUCGCCUGGAGCAUGUACAAGAACGCCAGCGUGGCGUCGGAGGCCGAGAAGCUGCUGUGGGCCAUGGCCUGCAGCAAGCAGCCCUGGAUCCUCACCCGGUAUCUGGAGUACUGUUUGGACUCGGGGAGAAUCCGCAAGCAGGACGCCUCGUAUGUGAUCAACUCCAUCGCGGCGAACGUCGUGGGUCAGCCGCUGGUGUGGGACUUUGUCCGGGCCCACUGGGAGUACCUGGUUUAUGACUAUGGAAAGGGCUCCAUCUCCUUCGAAUCGCUUCUCUACAGUGUCACCAGACGCUUUGCCAGCGAGUUUGAGUACAAUGAGCUGCUGCGCUUCGAGAAGGCGGUCAAGAGCAGCCCGCGGGCACCGAACUUCCAACAGGCUCUGGAGCGAACCCGGGUCAACAUCAAGUGGGUGUCGAGCCACAAGGACCAGAUCCUUUCUUGGUUCACAGAGGAAGCUAAACCAAAACUUCAACCUUAAUCUCACCACAGUUGGUGUUGUCUUCUGCCCUGUGGUGGAUCCAUUGGGAAGCCAUCAAUCGUUUUCAGUUGAAUUGGUGUUAAUUCUUGUCCAAUUAUCCGGGGAAUUGUACUAAUGCUAGCCACGUAGAUCAAUGAAAUCAGUGAGAGCACUUUACUAUUAAUAAUAUAAUAACAUAUAUAUAAAUAUAUAUAUUUACUAUGUCACUAUUUCUGAUAAAAGACGUAUAAAGUAAAAAAAUAGGAAAGUGUAAUCUAAUGUUCUGUUUUCAGUACAAAACAAAGCAGCUAAUGAAACCAAACACACCAAACUAUACACAAGAUUCAUUUUGUAUUUUUUGUAUAUUUUGUGAUAUAAAUGUAAUGAUUUUAUUGUCAGUGAAAUGAGAAACAUUUUUUAGCAAAAUGGUAAAUACUAUGUAUGUAAAUGUUUAUACAAAUUUUAUCUAAAUUAUUUUAUGGAGGAAAA